AUGCACCCACACUGCGAGGUGCACACCACCAAAUGGGGGUGUGUGUCCCCCAAAGCCGUCCCCGGGGACCCCUGCGAAGUCCCCAACGUCGCGUCCAAGCCCGGGCCGCGCGGCGUCCUGCCCGCGUCCUUCGCCGACCCGGAGCCCCCCGACCGUCAGCACGAAGCCACCACCACGGCCACGGGCACGCAUAUCUGCGCGCACCCGUUGACCACUGCAAACAACGAACAUAUCCACACCCCCAUUCUCAGCGUCCCGCGGAUCUUCCACUACCAGCAACAGCACCGAGUAACAGUCCCUCGAGGGCACCGCACCGCCAGCCAGCACUGCGAGCGAGUCUGGGUGCCCGGGUCUCUACGACAGUCCGGCCCCUGGAUGCAGCAGGUUCUGCUGCUCGAGGCUCGUCCACUGCGUGGCCGCGGCAGUCGGAAGAGGCCCUCGGUCUCCCUCUGUCUAUGGUUGGUGCGGCGGCCUUUCACGGACGACCCCUCACCAAACUGGACCUGCAGGGGUAGGGAACCCGACCCGUCUGAUCGUCGCCUCCCGCCCAGCGACAAGUGGGACCCGUACGUGCAUCUCUGCCUGCACGUGGUCGGGAAGGGAGCAGGAGGUGGAGCCGAGCUGGCUCCGGUGUUUGUCUUCCGUCGGCACCCGGCCCGCUCCCGGGGAUUCGGAGGUAUUUACCUUGCGUUUCUCAGUCCGAGAGUCAGAGUCAGACAUUGGGGGGACGAGGGCCAGGGAAAGGGCGCCGAGGGGGGGUGGCGGCGAGAGCGGGGCGAAGCGAGCAGCCCGCGGCGAUGCUGGCCGCAGUGGGGCUGGGGAGCGCAGGGCGACUUCGAGAAUCCGGUGGCAGUGGUGGCGGCGGCGGCGACGCAGGACGGAGCAGUCUUACAAGAUCAGAACCUGGAGGCUGCGCGGAGCGAAGUGAAACCUGCACAGCCCUGCAGCUCGGCUCUGGCUGGUGGCUCCGCGCCCGCACCCAAUCACCGUGAGCUCCGCCCCUACUGGGUCCCGCCCCGGCGCGCGGGCAGACAAGCCCCGCCCCCGCUGCGCAGCAGCCGCUGCCGCUUUCAGGCUCGGACAGGAGACAGCAGUGGCCGAGGAGUGGGGACAAGGUCGGUCGGGAUCCGGAACAUCCUGCCACGGAGGAGACCCGGUUAGACGGAAUAAAGAAACUCAAUUUAAGAAUCACCUAUCCUUCCCCCCACAUUCCCUCCCCACCGCCCCCCCCCCCACGGAACCAAGAAGGGAGGGUCCUCAUUUGCAGAGGAGCAAGUUCGGCGAGGCGUUUGUCCCGCUGCUGGCCACCUCGGUCAGUUUUACGCUGCAUAAGCAGAUACGGAACGUCAGCGAGACAGCACAGCCCCUGGUUAGUCUUCUCAGCGCAUCCUCCAGCGAGUCCUGAGCGAAGUGUAGGGGGCCAGCGGUUCCCGGAGGGACUCAAGGACCCAUCGCCGAGUCUGCCCCGGGAUUUCGUCGCAAGAGGGAAAGGACAAGGGCGUGGGCGCGGCGAAGUGGACUCAGCGGCUAGAUGUCUACCCUGCCCGUGGCUUGGAGCUGCGCCCCCGACUUCAGGUGGCGGCUACGGGCGAUCCCUAAGCCUUAGCCGUCCGGCGUAGCACCCGGGAGAAAACAGAAUCCCUGCGCCCGCUAGGAGCCCCCCAAAGCGCCCGAGUGCUCCGAGCUUUCCGUGGGCGAUGCAGACAGGGACAGGAAAAGAACCACGCAGAAGAAAGCCCUAGUGUUUCUCAUCUGCUUCUGUGCAGCUCCGCCGCCCCCGCGUCGUCUGCUUUACCGACCCUGUGAACACUUUAAAACAACAACAAAACAAAACCCCCAAGGCGUCAGGGAAAGCAACUGGUUAAUCGCUCUUUUUUGGGGCACAAAGAGGAGAGGUCGGCUGGGACGGAGCCCGCUGUUCUUGCAGCCCAGACUGUGCUGGGGAGCUUGGGCAGAACACCCCGCGCUCUUCCCGCUCUCUCCCAAAGGGUCCGGAGGUCCUCUGUUAACUGGACCACAGCCCAGAAAAGGGACAGUGUGGGAAGGGCAGGUGGGCUCUCUGCUCCGGUCUCGCCCUCGUGGACACGAGCAGAGCUGUGUCCGCUCCUGCCUCCUCCGCCACGAGACGUGGAGAGGGAGCAAGGAUGGCUUGGACUGAGAGAAGGGAGCAAGAAUGAAGUGGGGCAAUGAUCUGAGAAAUAAGAUGGGAAAUCUGCAGCCCUUGCCCGAACCACAGGCGUUGCCGGUGCGGUCUCUCCGAGUUCCGAAAGCAACUUAACUGCGGUGUACUGCCCUCGCCCGCCUCCCCGUCCUCCGAAGUAGCCAGAGCGCCUUCCCAUGGCUUAAUGUCUUUAUUAAGCUUUGUUGCCUAUGCUCCUCUAAAGAACAGAUUACAAUUUCGUAUGGCACAAAUAUUUUCCGCUCGUUGUCUCACGGUCCGGAAGCCAUCUGCCAGAAAGGACGAGCCAGAGUUCGCGCUCUUGGGGGGAGCAAAACGCCAGGCACACGCUCCCCUUUCCCCUUCCAUGCGUUUCCUCUAAGACUCCAAGGGGGUCUGAUUCACUGGAAAAGCAUCACUUUGCCCACGAGUGUUUGACUUUUAUGUUUUGAUUUUUUCCCCCCACGCAGCACCAGUGAGUUUCCCCAAAAUCACUGUGAAUGUGAAUCACCGCUGAAAGCAGGAGACCUUCGGCGGCACCCGGGUGUGGGGCAUGCUCGCAGGGGAACUCACUGCCCAGGGAGAUGCGGUGCCCAAGCUGGGCGAGGUUGCUGCUGGGUCCGUCCGUGUUCCGGGGCUGCCGCCUGGCUUCCUUCCCCAACAGCCCAUUGCGCACCGCGCCAGCCUCGGUGGGAACCCUGCUCUGCGACCAAAGUUCCCCGAGGGCCGAGAGGCCCAGCGCGUGCCAGGCCGUCCUCCGCCCCAGCUCCAGGCGUCAGAGAAGCUAGUGUCGUGGCAGCUGCGAGCGAGCCA